CCGGACUCUCCCUCCACCCUCCGCCCCAGCCCCCCGGCCGCCCCCGGCCGCGGCGAUGAGCUGGACGCUGCCGCUGACGCUGGGUUGCAUCAGCCUGCUGGGCCUGCCCCUCCCGGGGGGGGCCGCCCGACGGGCCCACGGACCGACGCUGCUCCCCCGGCGCAGGGAGCCUCCUGACCGUCCCGGCGGCCCACGCUCGCCGCCCCGGCUCCUGGGUCCUCCUGGGUCCCGACCGACGGCGACCCCUCCCCGGCCUCCUCCCCUGGGGGGCUCCGUGCGGCUCCCCCGGCCCUCCCGGACCCCCCGAGGGCGAGGCCGGAGGCACGUUGGGCCUCGGCGCCACCACGUCCAGCUGAUGCGCGUGGGUUGCGCGCUGGGCACCUGUCAGGUCCAGAACCUCAGCCACCGGCUCUGGCAGCUGAUGGGUCAGUCCGGCCGUCGAGACUCGUCGCCCGUCGACCCCAACAGCCCUCACAGCUACGGCUGAGGCCUGGUCUCCCGUGCGGCCUGGUCUCCCGCGCGGCCCGGUCUCCCGUGCGGCCUGGAUCCCCCGCCUCCCGCCCCCCACCCCCAGUUUGGGGCUCCCCUCCCAGGAAUGGCAACCCCUGGAGCCAGCCCCCCCACCCCAACUCCCACAUGUAGAUUAAUACACACACACAGACACACACACACACACGGAUACGGACUCACACGGCUGCACCCCCCAGGAUACUAACAAUUCCAAAGACAUCAAGCAAUCCGUCAACCCUCCGGUAGCAUUUAUUGAGCGCCUACUCUGUGCGGAGCACUGUGCCAAGCACUUGCGGGGAGAACCAGCGAGGUAGGAGAUCCGCUCCCUGCCUUGGGGGAGCUUACCGUUGCGCCCCCGGGAUCCGACGCCCGUCCCAAAAAGGAUCCUAACCCACACAGACACGCUGUCUGCGGUCCCAGCAACGCCGGCGCCCACCCCGACUAUCAAUAACCACACAUCCUUACGCACCUUUCCUCCACUCACAAACACCGUCACCCUUCCCCGGAUCCAUUGUGAUGCACCCGCAUAUCUCGACGAGCUCACACUGUACCAUCGACGGGCAAACUCGUACACCCAACACUUAACCACUCAUCUGCAUAAUCAUAACUGUGGACUGCCAAGGGUCACCCAAUAACCCACUGUAACCCAGUCUCCUCAGACUGUGUCACACAUGCAACCCACACACACAUAGCCAUUCCCCCACACCCAGUCACCCCCGCAUAGACAGUGAGUCACACAUAAUCACACACUCUCUCUCUCCCCCACGCACAAACACACACACAUAUACUAUGGGCAACCCAAUUUGCUUGUAUCUAC